GACCAGGGCUCGCUAUUGGGUGCACUGUGUGGGCUGAAUUCAGUGCCAAGAACCGGGUUCAGCAGCGCCGGAACGCCAGGUUAAUAUGUCUGUAUCAGACCACUCUAUUUAGGCCACCCCUGAACCUAAGGUAAACCUGUACCUCUUUCCGCAUCGUCAGAAUUCAGAACCUGGGAUUUGACGACGACCGGUCGACCAGCUUGGACCCUAGCGAUGGCCAUGGACAUGGCCACAGCAACAACCCCAGACACAAUCGCAUCGAAAACCGGAGCUCCAGAUAUACGAACAGCCCAAGCCGCGAUCGGAGCAAGAGGUCUAGUGUCGAACUUGGGUCCUCUGACAACAACUUUCGCGCCACCAACCGACUGUAGGACACUGGGUUUGCGCAGCGCCGAACGCACCGAGCCUAAUUUAUGGGAUCAAUUCUAUGCCGUAUUCGGUGCAACAUGUUCGGUUGACGAUGCCGGAGAUGCUAAGACUUUUGUUCCAGAAUCGUGCUAUCCAUCGGCGUUUGCGGAGCACUACAACAACCCAGACAAUGGCGUCCCUAUUGCGUACUCGCCUGGACUGGCAUGCCCCUUUGGCUACGCGACCGCCUGCACCGUGGUACGGGGCCAAAGUUAUUCUGCAUCACUCUUGAAUUCUAGCACGGAUCUUUAUGGCCUCUGGGAUAUGCUGCAGGAGGGCGAAACCGCAGUAGCGUGCUGCCCGGCAGGUUACGUCUGCCGGACGGAUUUCUACGGUGGUUGCGAGUCCACCGCGGCAAGUAAUGAGGUUGUCACGGUUGUCUCUUACGAUCCAGAAUGCAAACCCUCGACAUGGGUCACAGAAAUUGAUGACAUCUGGGUCGAUCUCAACGGGCCUGCUCAGAUUGCCGAGGCUCCGCAAGUGGUCUUGAUCCAGGGCGAUGCGACCGCGACUCCGACUUCCAAUGACAGCCUUGAUGAUGGGCCACCCGAGGAUGGAUCGAGCGCUGGCUUAUCCCAGGACGGUAUCAUUGCGAUUGGAGUACUCGUUCCCCUCGUGGCAUUAGCCCUCUUUGCAGCGGUGGUUUUGUUCCUUAAACGGGGGAAACGAUUCAAACAGCCUAAUCCUAGUGGACUAGGUGGGGAUGCGGUGGUGGAAGAGGAGGUACAAGGAAGCGGCACAACAGCCAUUGCUAGACCACCACAUGGUGUUAUCGCGGUUCAGAAACCUGAGCUAGACGCAGCUUUGUCGGAGAUGACAUCCAGCGCUCAAAACAAAGCGGCUGAACUGCCAGGUACUCACCCGAGUGCUUUGGCUAGUGAUAACGCCAUAGAAGAAGGCAGACUACAGGCAAGUGGCAAUCUAUCUGAUUGCCAGACAACGCAACUAUGGGGUUGCAGCAAUGGAGCAAACUACUUCUCGCCAUAGUCUAUAGCCAACAAGGAUGGACGUUGGAAAGGAGGACAGGCUGUCGGCGGGGGACCUCCCCGAAUCACUACCAAUGAUUGGGACGCCGAAGCACUCCUUAUUAUUAUGAAU